AUGCAACCAACUCUUCGUGACUUUAUCCAACAGCUGGUCUCUGCUCUCAUUCAUCCCUUUGAUGCCAAAAAAUCAUGCAGUACCCAGGCCUUGACAGAAACAGCCAAUGCCGCAUUGACCCAAUUCGAGAAAACCUAUGUGUCUUUCCCAGAUUUUGUUGACCCUGCUGAAGACCAUCCAACUGAAUCAAUUCAAUUCAAUUCAGUCAACCAACCAAUUUUACCUAUCUAUCUACCGGACCUAUCUGUUAGCCGAUCUACUUUGCCUUACCUUGCCUUAGCUUAG